GCGGGUUUUGUUUUAUUGAUUACAAUUAUUAGAUUUGUUCAUUUCUUUGCCAUUCUCUAGGAAUGUUAACCUUCUCACCUACAAGCAAUUAAAUGCUAAAUCAAAUGUAAAACAGGAGUAAAAGUUGAAUCUGAAUUGCCUCCAUUGAGUUGUGUUUUACUGAGAGGCUUUUCAUUUUUAUGCACGCAAGAAGCACUUAUAUUUAGAAUGCUUAAACUUGUAGAAUACAACCCUAAAAUUUAAAAAAAACUUUGUGUAAGUCCUUGUCUGUUAUAUAACAAAUGUGUUUUUACUUAUGUCCCGUAUGGUUUUACCUGGAUUGAAAUUCUUUUCUCUUUUUUUUGUAAUAAAAUGAUGAAACACUUUUCCAUUUUACAAAACCAUUUUAUAAGAAAUGAUCAUGAAAAGCAAGGCAACAAUUCACUUUGGUGAGUCAACCUUCAAAGGGUAAAUCUAACAGUGCUCCUGUGAACACAAUCCUAUUUGUAAACAAACAGGAGUACUAAUACCAUUUUUAAAACUGUUACUCCAAAGACCUACAAAUUAUUGUGGAAAAACUCUCCCAUUCUGUGCUUCUCAAUGUUAUACAAUCAAACAAAAAAAAUUAAGGGGAAUGAAUAGGACAUUUCAUAAUUAAACUGUAUUUUUCCGGGAUUGCUACAACCUAAUAUUGUUAUCUUCUGAUUGGAAAUGUGCUGUGCACCGUCAGUACAAAAUUUUGCAUCGGACAGACGUGGCUCAUUUUAGUUUUGUGUCACAUUUAAUAACUGAAAGCAUUUUGUAUGAUUUUCAAGAAACACAUUUUAUUUCUUGAGGUUGGCUAGAUUCUAUCUACUUGGCUGGCUUUAUCUUGAUGUAUUAGUCUAGCCUCAAAAGCCAAAGCAAGAUACGGCAACAGCAGUUCUAUACACUAAGCAUUGAUGGAAAUGUUUCUGUUAAAUACUGUGUUGGCAGUAAAGACCUAACUACAAAUAACUGGUCUUAUUACUCAGGGAUUUCAGUGUAGAUAAUAAACAAAUAAGUACUAUUCACUGUGAUAGAUGCUGUAGUAGAGGUACUCACCAGGACAGGAUUCAUCUCCUUCCUUUUCACAUUACUUUAAGAGAAGAUGUAGAUCCUGAAGUCCAAAUGAAAUGCAAAUACUACUAUAUAAACUGAAGGAAUACAGGACAGAAUAUUUAUCAAGGAAACAAUGUAUUUUUUAAAUGAUUUAUUUCUUAUUUUGAGAGAGAGAGAGAAGAGAGGAAAGGAGAGAGAGAGAGAGAGAGAGAGAGAGAGAGAGAGAGAGAGAGAAAGAUCUCAAGCAGGCUCUGUGCUGACAGUGCAGAGCCUGAAGCAGAGCUCAGUCUCAGCAACCUUGAGAUCAUGACCCGAGCCCAAAUUAAGAAUCAGAUGCUUAACUGACUGAGACACACGGGCGUCCCAAGGAAGCAGGAGUUUAUUGCUCAGGGACCCUUCUCUUUGAAGAACUCAAUUUGUGAAGGAAACAGAUUAAUGAAAACUAUGAAUGUGCCUACUGAUACUAAAAUUACACAGUGCACUUUAAGUAUGUGACUCUACUGCUUUGUGUAAUUCCUUUCCAGUGGAGGCACCAGUAAAGUCCCAUUUACUUAGAUCAAAAUAUCCAGUGGUAUUGCUCCUAGGCAUUGGACUUAUGGACCAAUGGGAGCUUUUGACUUCAUUACAGAUUACUAUAGGUCAUAGAGGGGUUCUCUGCUUCCUGGUUGGAAUGGGAGAAUUGUGAUUCAAAUUGUUGUUUGGUAUCUCGGAGUUAGCAUUUUUCUUUGUGAUUCUGCCUAAAUCUUCCAUAGUUGUGCCUAUUUGGAAGUAUAUUUGACCAGUAAAGAUUUUUCAGGGUUCCGAGAAAUACUCUUGGUAUCAGAUUGAGUGUGUUUAUUAAGGAAAGACGAUUUGUUAAAGCAGAGCUUCCCAAGUAUAGGAUUUAUUCCGUUAAAGAUGGGAAAGAUGGCAAAUAUCUGCCAUUUAUGUUGUGUGACUCCAUGGGGCUACAUGAGGAAGAGGGAGUAGGAUUGUGUGUGGAUGAUAUACCCCACAUCUUAAAAGGCUGUGUGUCAGACAGGUAUGAGUUUAGCCCCCAUAAAUCAAUUACGCCAGACCAUCCUAUGUUCAUCGCCUCUCCGUCACUGAAGGACAAGAUUCACUGUGUGGCCUAUGUCUUAGAUAUCAACUCUAUCAGUUCUAUCACCUCUAAGGAGGUGGCAAAGUUCAAAGAAGUUCAAAAAGAGGUCUUAAACUGUGGUACAGCACUUGUGGUCUUGCUUACUAAAAUUGAUAAGUGCAGUGAAAUUCUUCAAGACAACUUUUUAAACAUGAAUAAUUCUAUGACAUCCCAAAGCCAGAUAAUAAAAGUCAGCAAAAUGCUAGAUAUUCCUAUUUAUAAUAUCUUUAUGGUUGAAAAUUAUGCAUCAGAGUUGGAGCUGGACCCUUUAAAGGACACUCUGAUCCUGUUUGUCCUGAGGCAGAUGUUACGGAUAGUGGAUGACAUUUUAGAGGAUUUGCCUCUUGAAACAGGGAAGAAGGCUGGAAGAAAAUGAAAUGCCAGAGACAAGAAAUGGACAUAAAGGAGGGAGAAUGUUUCAUUUAUCUCUGGAUGAAGAUAUGAAUUUAAGGGAAUUAAAAAAAGCAAAUAUUUCUUAAGGACUUACGUGCUAUUUCUGUGAAAAACAAACAAACAAAAACAAAGCUUGUUCCUUUAAUGAA